CUUUAAGUUUGAGGCAUCGUAGGAAUGAACGUAUCUUGGUGUGGCACUACGGAAUUAAACGUUGUUGCAGCCAUGGCGAAUUCGUUUCUAAUGACUCACGCACAAAACCAAUUUCAAAUUUGAGCUACAACGGUGGUUAAUUCGGUAACGCCACGCCAUAUUACGUCGGUUUCUUCAAUGCCUCAAACGAACAUAGCCUGAAAUGUAUCCAUUUUACUCCGCUGUGAAUGAGUUUAUGGCUGUGAUGAUUUUGAAGAAAUGAAAUCCGUUUAUGAGAUUUUUAGCUUUUGUUCAUAUAAGAGACAAACGUAUCUUGGCGUGGCAUUACGGAUUUAACCGCCGUUGCAGCCAUGGCGAAUUCGUUUCUGAUAUGAAUCAAGCCCAACACAGGAUUUUAAAUUUGAGCUAAAACGGUUUUAGGCCCUGAUAUUUAGGCUUCCCAAUUCUGUUACAGUGAUUUUUAGGCUUUGUUUGUUUGAGGCAGUGAAGAAACUGAACGUAACUUGGCGUUGGGUUACCUUACUAACCACCAUUAUACCAGCCAUGGCAAUUUGGUUUCUUAGAUUGCCUCAAGUGUAUCGAUUUUGUGUGGGUGUGUAUAAGAAUUCACGGGUGUUCAGAUUUUGAAUUUAUGAAUUAAUUACUUUGAUUUUCAGGUUAUUACUGUUUGAGGCAUUGAAGAAUUGAAUGCAACUUGGCGUGGCAUUACGGAAUUAACCACCGUUGAACCAGCCAUGGCGAUAUGGUUUCUUUCAUUGCCUCAAACGCCUAAAUUUCGUGCUGGUGUGAGUAAAUAUUUUAUGGCAUAUGAUGAUUUUGAAGUAAUGAAAUAUGUUUCUCUGAUUUUCAGGCUUUGUUCAUUUCAGGCAAUUUAAGAAACCAAUGUAAUAUGGCGCGAUGUUACGCAAUUAAGCACCAUUGUAGACUCCAUUGCGAUUUGAUUUCUUAAAUUGCCUGAAAUGUAGCCAUUCACGUGGGUCUGUGUAUGAGUUUAUGGCUGUGAUGAUUUUGAAGAAAGGAAAUCUGUUUAUGAGAUCUUUAGUCCUUUAAGUUUGAGACAUCGUAGGAAUGAACGUAUCGUGGUGUGCCACUACGGAAUUAAACGUUGUUGCAGCCAUGGCGAAUUCGUUUCUAAUGUGACUCACGCACAAAACCAAUUUCAAAUUUGAGCUACAACGGUGGUUAAUUCGGUAACGCCACGCCAUAUUACGUCGGUUUCUUCAAUGCCUCAAACGAACCUAGCCUGAAAUGUAUCCAUUUUACUCCGCUGUGAAUGAGUUUAUGGCUCCCAGCUCUUUUUUACCGUUAAAAAAUAAUGCCCUAAAUCUUCAUUUAUAAAAAUUAGUCCUCCGUACUACCUAAUUAUCCUAGACUUCGUCUUUGUCGUCCUCGUUCGAGACCUCCUUCAAAAUUUCCCCAAAACCUUCGUAGCCCUAGCAAACUUUGGAGAAGGGAGUGAAUUGAGGCUGGAAGUCCGAGACAAACACCUUGAAGACCUAGAAUUUCUCACGAGGACUCGGUCUCCACGCCACCAGAGAGAAGCGGUGACUAAGCCGGAGGAGAGGUAUGUCGUCGACGCUACUUGAGGUAACCCGCGCGUCACACGAGGAGAUAGAGCGGCUCGAGCGGGUCAUCGUUAAGGAUCUCCAGACCGAGCCGGCCACCAAUAAGGACCGCCUCUACCAGAGCCACCCCGUUCGCAACGUUAUUGAGAGAAUCAUUGACACCACGCACAGACUUGUCGAUAUCUAUGAAGAUAAAGACGGGGUGCGGAAGGAUGAGAUUGCGGCUCUGGGAGGACAAACUGCUACUGGAAGUAACAUGUACAGUGCUUUUUAUGACAGAUUAAAGGAGAUACGCGAAUACCAUAGACGGAAUCUUGGUGCACGUGUUCUUGACACCAGUGAUGAGUAUGAACAACUUCUCAAGCAUGAACAACAAAUUACGUUUAGUGGGGAAGUGAGUGCUUUUACAAUACUUGCAAUUAUUUGUGCAUGCAUUUGCAUUUGGAUGACUUGUGGCAGCACUUCAGUGCCCAAAUCCUUUAGAGAGUAAUAAUUUGCUCUACCAUUAUAGAUUUUAUAGUAGUAUUUGUUGUUCACAAAAAGAAAUAAUGAUUUAGAACAAGAUAGGAUUGUGAAGGAUCUAUACAGAAAAGCUUCUAUAAGAGAUUCCUGUUAUGGAUUUAUUACCAAAAUUUGCAGUAAAAAUGUAGGAGCAGCUGAUACUGUCUAGGGAGUAAAGUUUUCAAAUUGGAAAAAGCAUUUAGUCAGAUUGAACUUAUGCCAAUUCUGAGAUUUUUGUUUGUUUGCAGUUGUAGUUAAGUUUUUAGCUUUCCCUAUGCAAGCUCCAUAGUCCACAGAGAGGGACCGAUUCAUAGAUGUAAGAAAUUACGAAUGACUUCUGUAAUGGGAGAAUGUGUUGAAUUUGGACCAACAAUCAAUCUGUUUUUUUUCAUUUUCUGCCCAUCUCCUUAUAAUUUAUUAAAUUACCAUCUCCAUUGUGUGUACAAUUCGACAUGCGUAAGGAUUCUAAAAGUACUCUGCCGUUGUCUAAUGGUAACACCCGAUAACAUUAAUCCUAUGUAUGUAUGUAUGUAUGUAUGUAUGUAUGUAUGUAUGUAUGUAUGUAUGUAUGUAUGUAUGUAUGUAUGUAUGUAUGUAUGUAUGUAUGUAUGUAUGUAUGUAUGUAUGUAUGU